AUGGAUGGCGCUGUUCUCUCCGGGACCGGUGGUGCAGACCUCUUCACCAGCACACUCAGAACAGCAGAUACCACACAUACGAACACUGUUGUUCAGCCCAAUGUCACAAUGGCAGCUGCAGUUGGAGAAACUGUGACUCUAACCUGCAUCUACCCCACUGAUGAUUUCAGCUCCAUCAUCUGGUUCAGGCACACCAUUGGACAGCAGCCUCAGUACAUUGUAGGAUCAUACAGGCAUUCAACAAAUUACUCCUUUUACAGUGGAUUUAAAGACACACAGCGCUUCACUUCACAGAAGGAACAGGGAAUGUUCAACCUGCGCAUUUCAAAGAUACAGCCAUCGGAUUCAGCGAUAUACUACUGUGAAGCAGUGUACAGUAUCGAGGUGAAAAUUGGAGCUGGAACCUUUUUAAUUCUGAAGGGCUCACAGUCUAACAGCAGGACAGUAGUGCAGCAGCCCGUGUCUGAGCCACUGCAGCCAGGAGACUCUGUGACUCUGCAGUGUACAAUACACACUGAGACCUGUGCAGGAGAACACAGUGUGUACUGGUUCAGACAGGGCUCAGGAGAGUCCUCUCCAGGAGUCAUUUACACUCAUGGAAACAGCAGUGAUCAGUGCAAGAGGAGCUCUGGGGCUGGGUCUCCUACACAGAGCUGUGUCUACAAGCUCCCCAAGAGGAACCUCAGCCUCUCUGAUGCUGGGACUUACUACUGUGCUGUGGCCACCUGUGGGGAGAUCCUGUUUGGGAACAGGACCACGCUGGAUGUUGAAGGAACCACGCAGAUUAAAGUCCUGGUCUGGUUCUCCAUUGGAAGGACUGCAGUUCUUCUCCUCGGCCUGCUGAUAUGCGCCAUCAUCUACUGCAAACCGGAGUAA